GAAAUUUCACCAUGAUGGCCUCCGAAGGAAAGUGGGAAACUGUUCCAAUGAAAAAUAAGGCGAAUAAGCCUGAAAAUUUGAAAUCGAAGAAAAAUCAAACAAAGACCUUUAUAGAGAAUAUGCCCAGGGUCGAAUCCAAUCCUCCAUUAAAAACAUCCAAAACUGCUUAUGAUGCCUUCAUUGAGAAACAGAAAAUCACAGAAAAAAAUUCAUCAAAUAACUUUAGCAAUGAUCAUUUUGAGAAUAAGAAAAAUAAAGAGAAGAAAGAAAAACCCAAGACGUUGGAAGAAGCCACCAAAAAGUUAGAAGAAGUUGAUGUAAAGAACAUGGUAGAAAAAGCUCAAGGUUCUGUUAAGUCUACUAAUCCUGAAGCAUGGAUAAAAGAAUUAACUGUGGUCUUUAAUUCAUAUUUUAAACAACUUCCACAACCAGAUGUUCUUCAUAAAGAUAAACCCAAAAAUUAUCCUGCAAGUGCCUUGAAGUCUGACUGUAGUAACAGAUUGUUAACUACAUUAAAACAAGCUUCAAUACCAACAUUGGAACAGAUUUAUUUUCUUACCACUCAAAACAUGGUGAAUGAAUCUAAUAAAGGUGCUAUAUAUGGUUAUCAGAUUAUUCUGCAGUUAUUAUCUAAAGAUAAUCCAAAUAUUAUAGUACCAAGACUAAACCAGUAUUUAGAAAUAGUGAAUGCUAAUAAAUUAAAAGAGAAACAGAGUGAAUUAGCAUUAUGGUCUUUAUCUCAAUGCUGUUCUCGAGAUAUAAAAGUUGGAGUUAAAGCUAUUGUUGUUGAUUAUAUACCUGCUAUGAGGAACAAAUUAGUAGCACCCUAUGCAUUGAAUUAUAUUGAGGAUUUUUUUAGGAGGUUUACAUCUUUAUCUGAAGCCUAUGGUGAAAUUUCAAUAAAAGAAUAUUUUACAGCAUUAGAUUUAUUGUUACAUUCUAAAACAAUUAUUGAACCUGAUUUACGAGAACGCCUCAAUUUACAACUUGAAAAAGUGAAGCUGGUAGCAUAUGGAAGUGACCCCAAAACGAACCUAAGAAAUUUCUUUCCACAUUAUCUCAGUCGUUUAGACAACUCUUCUCCUGCAGCUCAACAAAACGAAUAUUUAUCCAGUUUAAUUCAAUGUUUAAGUACAGAUAAACAAUGUUUUCCUGACUGGUGUCAACUGUAUACCAAAUAUUUAACCCAAUCAGGGUGUUUAUUAAAAUAUAUGCAAGAUCAUUAUAGCACAGUUGUAAAAAAACUACCACGUAAAGUUCUUCGUCAAACUAUACGUUCUUUCUGUCUCACUAAUGAAGAGUUGUCACAAGCAAAACCUAAAAAUAGAAAAGAGGGUGUGGACAAAUGUACUGUAGUAUGCAAGGAGUUACAAUUGAAGUUAAGUCAGAGUGGAUAUCCAUGGAAACUGAUAUUAUUAUUAUUAUUAACGAUUGGAGGUGGUUUAAUAGCCUAUGAUGUCAGCACUAGUCAAAAUCUACAAUCAUCGAGAACUAUGGUGACACUUGAGAAAUAUGGAGUUAUCAAUGUAGCCAAUAAGGGAUGGAAAAAUGUUCAAAACUUUCAUAAAGAAACUCAAAAUUGGCUGAAUGUGAAUGCCCCAAUGUACAGAGAUAAAGUUGUACCGUACAUGACUCUGGCUUGGAAUAAAACUGUACAGUUGUUUAUCUAUAUUGGUGAUGUUACCAAACCUUAUAUAAAGUUAGCAUGGGCUAAAGUAUUACAAGCUGUUAACUGGUUUAAUAAAGAAUAUCCAGAUUUCUGGCCUAAAUGUGUAGAGUAUUUAAACAUAACCUGGCAGUUUAUUGAACAUCAUAGUAUUUGUACGUGGAACUGUAUGGUGAAUUAUACAUUGAUAUCAUAUAACUGGUUAUUAAAUAAUGUGCUUAUAGGUCAAUUUUCACCUGAGAAUAUACAGAAGACAGCUUACGAUGGUCUACAGGUUCUUCAACAAUAUCUAACACAGGCAGUAGCAUGGUGUCAGAAAACUAUCACAUCCUAUACUAGCUAA